AUGAUCGAAGAAUAUGACCUUACAUCAAACAAAUGGUUCUCUGACAUCUAUGAAGAUCGUUCAAUGUGGAUACCAGCGUAUUUCAGAGAUGUACACAUGAGUGGUCUAUUUCGAACCACUUCAAUGUCCGAGAGCGAGAAUAGCUAUUUCAAACGCUAUAUCAACAAGCAUUCUAAUCUUGUGAUACUAUAUAAUAACUUCUGCAGUGCUCUUGACGCACAGAGAUAUAAGUACAAGGAGGUAACACAUGCGGAUGAGACGCGUUCCCCUGUGAUGAUGACAAAUCUUAAGAUUGAACAUAACGCAGCUAUUGUGUACACAAACUCAGUGUUCAAGGAGGUGCAGGAGCAGAUAGAUCAUGCAAACAAAGGGUGUGCCAUACGAAAGAUGUAUACCCAAGGAGACGAAGAGAUUUAUGUUGUCGAGGACAACAUAGAUGGUGAAUUUACUGUUCGCUAUGUGCGCCCCCAACACGACGUGUUAUGUAGCUGCACCUUGUUCACCCGAAAAGGUACACCUUGCAUGCACAUGUUUGUUGUUUUCAGGAACCUAAAACUUGAUGCUAUUCCUGACAAGUACAUUGUGAGGCGAUGGUGCAAAUUCAGUAUAUUGUGUCCAAAUGAAUCACUCGGGGUAGUGCGCGAAGAUGGUAGUAAGUCUACUCCAAAUUUUGAGUUCCUCAUCUUCAAAGUCGUUAGUGAAAUGAUUGGACGCGUAAGGGGAAACCAGGAGAUGUGUGAUCAACUAUAUGAUAAUCUUAUUCAAGUGAGGGACAAGUAUGCGGAGAUCGGUACAUAUGUCAACCCUUCAACUGCAAAGAGCAGACUUUUCGAAGAAUUCUAUGGAUCCACACCUGCAGAAUCUCCAUCUGUUCUUCCUCCAGACAUUGCUAAGACUAAAGGUAGUGGUGCCGGUGGCCGUAGGAAAUCUGAAAAAGAGAAGGCCAUUAUCAUUGCGCAGAAACCUUUGCAUCUUUGUAGGAGAUGCAAUAAAAAAGUUCAUCAUGACUCCAGAAACUGCCCCAGAAAGGAUGACCCAAAGGUGAUUUCAUAG